UUUCUUCCAGUUGUGGCGCUAUAGUUCUGCCACCGUAAAAGCCUGAGAACGAGGAGUGUAGCCUACCGCAGAACAUAGGAGACGUUUUACUUUACCACAUCUCGACUCGUGAGCUGACCGUUUUAAAGAUAUCAUGUUCGUUUGAGGGAGAAAGCGGAUUCCACACUGAUGUUACGGCCCUACAGUACCUGAGGCAGUGGAAAUCUGGGGAGACGAGCAUCCACAGGAUUCAGUGAGAGGGAAGAGGUGACAUUCUAAACGUUAAGAGAAAGGAAUAGAACCAGACUUGGCACUGAGCCUUGGGGGACACCCAUCUUUUUUGGGGACUGGACUGGUUGCAACGUCCUCACCAUUCCACCCUAAGCGGCGUUCUUGUUCUCCAACACGUCCUCCUCUGCCUGCAGGGCAUCCAGAGAACCAGGGCCUCAGAACCCACUCAGAGAAAAGCAGCAGCACAGUAGGGAUGAGCGAGUUCUGGCACAAGAUUGGCUGCUGCGUGGUGGCCAAACCUCCACCGAGGAAGAAGCGCAGGAAAAUCGACCGCAGCAUGAUCGGCGAGCCCACAAACUUUGUCCACUUGACACACAUUGGCUCUGGGGAGAUGGCAGAGGGCCGGGCCCCGUCGGGGCCGGUCCAGGAUAAGAUGAGGUCAAAAGGACCCAGUGCCAACGGCCGCAAGAGCAUGUUAUAGCUGCUGCCUACCAAGCAUGGAGAACCAUUUCCAUCCUCCUCUAUGCGGCCCUCUCAUCCCAAAUCGAAAGCAGUCACUGCAGUGUAACCUGUUUCCAAAGGAGCACUUGGCAAACCUGAGAGCGGACCCUAAUAGAGAGCAGAGAGGCUCCUCCUGACGUCUGCAGGAUCUAUUUAGCCAAACAGGACGAUGGCCUUUCUGUGGUCACCACCAGAAUCGCCCUGCUCAGAGGAGGAUAGACUGACAUGUUUUUUUAUGCUUUUUAAAGAAAACUAUUUGUCUUUCUGAUGGACUUUGGACUUCCACUGUAUUUCAGCCAACAACGUUACUGUGUCUGUGCCAGCAAGCGUAUGGGAUAGAGCCGGUGAGAGUGUUUAGCUACAUUUGUUGACUAACAUGGCUGAUUCUAUUUCAGGAAGUGAAGAUUAUGUUCUCAAGGAUUACCUGAAUGUUGCAAACCAUUGACCUACUGCCAAACAAACUAUUUUGUGUAUCUGUCUAAUGAAUGAGGAUGCACCUUUUAUUUUCCUACAGUGCAUAGUUAAAGGUGUCUUCAUGUGUGUGUUUAUAAGGGCAAAAUGCUAUGUGAUUUUGUUGCUGUUUAGAUACCAGUACUGAGUAGUGUUAUUUUGAUUGUACCAGUUGCCAUAGAGCUGCAUUUGGACUGCUACCCAGUUGCCAUAGAACCCCAUUUGGACUGCUACCCAGUUGCCAUAGAACCCCAUUUGGACUGCUACCCAGUUGCCAUAGAACCCCAUUUGGACUGCUACCCAGUUGCCAUAAAGCCCCAUUUGGACUGCUACCCAGUUGCCAUAGAACCCCAUUUGGACUGCUACCCAGUUGCCAUAGAGCCCCAUUUGGACUGCUACCCAGUUGCCAUAGAGCCCCAUUUGGACUGCUACCCAGUUGCCAUAGAGCCCCAUUUGGACUGCUACCCAGUUGCCAUAGAGCCCCAUUUGGACUGCUACCCAGUUGCCAUAGAACCCCAUUUGGACUGCUACCCAGUUGCCAUAGAGCCCCAUUUGGACUGCUACCCAGUUGCCAUAGAGCCCCAUUUGGACUGCUACCCAGUUGCCAUAGAGCCCCAUUUGGACUGCUACCCAGUUGCCAUAGAACCCCAUUUGGACUGCUACCCAGUUGCCAUAGAGCCCCAUUUGGACUGCUACCCAGUUGCCAUAGAGCCCCAUUUGGACUGCUACCCAGUUGCCAUAGAGCCCCAUUUGGACUGCUACCCAGUUGCCAUAGAACCCCAUUUGGACUGCUACCCAGUUGCCAUAGAGCCCCAUUUGGACUGCUACCCAGUUGCCAUAGAGCCCCAUUUGGACUGCUACCCAGUUGCCAUAGAACCCCAUUUGAACUGCUACCCAGUUGCCAUAGAACCCCAUUUGGACUGCUACCCAGUUGCCAAAGAACCCCAUUUGGACUGCUACCCAGUUGCCAUAGAGCCCCAUUUGGACUGCUACCCAGUUGCCAUAGAACCCCAUUUGGACUGCUACCCAGUUGCCAUAGAACCCCAUUUGGACUGCUACCCAGUUGCCAUAGAACCCCAUUUGGACUGCUACCCAGUUGCCAUAGAACCCCAUUUGGACUGCUACCCAGUUGCAAGCAUACAGGUAACUGCCAAAAUAAAGGAAACCCCAGCAUGGUGUCUUAAUAGGGCAUUGGGCACCACGAGCCGCUAGAACAGCGCCAAUGCACCUUGGCAUAGAUUCUACAAGUGUCUGGAACUCUUGGAGGGAUGCGACACCAUUCUUCCACCAGAAAUUCCAUCAUUUGGUGUUUUGUUGAUGGUGGUGGGAAACGCUGUCUCAGGCUCCGCUCCAGAAUAUCCCAAUAGUGUUCAAUUGGUUUGAGAUCUGGUGACUGAGACGGCCAUGGCAUAUGGGUUACAUAGUUUUCAUACUCAUCAAACCAUUGUGACCACUCGUGCCCUGUGGAUGGGGUCAUUGUCAUCCUGGAAGAGACCACUCCCAUCAAGGUAGAUCUGUUUCACCCUACAGGUAGCAGGUGAUCACUCAGAAUAGCUGUGUAUUCACUGGAGUUGAUCUUGUCCUAUAUGGGGUUGAGUGGACCUAAACCAUGCCAGGAAAAUGCACCUCCACACCAUAAGAGCUGCCAAUAAGUACCCUAAUUUACUGGUGUUUCCUUUUAUUUGAGCAGUUACCUGUAGCUGGUCACUGUGAUACACAAUUUACUAGCACCUACUCUGAAAACCCCUAACUAUUAGUCAGCAGGAAGAGUCUGUUAGUAACAGGGGUUGUUGUUGUUGAAAUUCGAAACACCCUGACCGUUACGGGGCUUUCCAGUGAUCUGUCCUGGAAUUACUCGGGAAUGCCACUCAUUAAAUCAACUGCAUCGAAGGAACAUUCCAUAAGGUAGUUUGUUCUCUUGUCGGGGGGGGAUGUCCACCCCCUUGAUCAGAAUGGAAAAUUCCAACCAUUUCACUGUGCAUUCCCCUUGUAAUUUCUAUAUGGCCUCCCACUUGACCUUGUUGUAGGCGACGUGCACUCCAAGCUGGCUUGUGUCCCACCAUAACAUCCACACUAUUCUGAAACCAGGUGGGAGUUUUAAAUAUCUGAUUUAAAUCAUGCAGUAGAAAUGAAAGUUUGUUUCCUGUACACAACUGUAUUUCUGACGUGCUUAGUAUACACAAUCUGUUGUGAGUCACUCUGUAGUUUUUUUGCUAAGUGUGUCCAUACGGGGAAAAACUCUGAAAUUGAAUGUUUUUUAAAUAUUGUAUCUUAUGUGAUUUCCUAGGCCGUUAUCCUAUAGCAGAACAUAUGGCGUAUGGAUGGUGUUGUACAUGUUGUAUGUUGUCCCUUCACUAAUACCUUAUCUGUUUUAUACACUGGGCUUAAAGUUGACUUAAUGCUGAAGGUGGGACUUUGCAUAUUGCUUGGUGGCUUUCCUAUCUUUGGGAGAGCUUGUAAUACUGAGUACAUUCUCAGCCCAACAGAAUGACUGCUGCCUUGAAGUUUCUGGAACAAUGUACAUUGGUAACGUCAGUAACUUGAGUCUGUUGGCAUUUAAGUUUCUUUCCCAUCUUUAUCAUGGUUGUUGUUAGACCAAAACUCAUGUUCAUUAGAAAUGAUUUGUGCAAUCUCUUGAUUUUUCCUGAAAUACAGUUAACAUUCCGAAUAGAA